CGAAUUCACCUUUCUCGCCAGACAAUCACGCUGCAGCAGCCAUCAUCGUAUUUCAACCAGAGGACCCGUCGACCGCCUGAGCAGCAGCACGUCGCGCCAGCACCACCGCCGUAUCGCGUGCCUGUGAGCCGCCGCACCACUGCAUCUCUUGCCCGUGAGCCGCCGCACGCCGCACCUCUGCAUCGACCGCUCGUUUGCAGCCCACCUCUGCAUUGCGCGACUGUCGUUUGCCGCCCACCUCUGCAUCGCACUCCUCUGCAGUUCAGCAGUUCAACGGCCUUCCUCUCAGUAGAAGCUCCAAAAGCACAACCCCAAAUGCAUAUAUAGAAUUAUAUGUUUGAGAUGCUAGGCACAUGCUAAACAGGUCCAAAAGCACAACCCCAAAUAGCUGAUUAGUUGCAGAUGCUAGGCAGUGAGUACAUAAGGACUGAAGACAGCUUUGUCUAGGAGAAUGCUAAUUAUAGAAUUAUCAAUAUCAUCAUAUCAGCGUUUCGGUUUCAGAAAGUGGGAAGUCCAUUCUGCUCUCAGCGAGGGGCAGGAAAUACUGCAGGCGAGCUUGAAACUUGAAAUCGCAGGGUGAUCAAUUCAAUUUUCAGAAGAGUUAUCAAUCAACAUAUCAAGAAAAUGCCAGUGAGAGUGGUCGAAACCUCUGCACCUUCUCAAAUUUCAGGUGCAAAUUCUGAACAGAUUUCGCCGCCAUUUUGUACCCUCCUGAGUGUUGGACAGGCUUUCUCUGGUACCCAGAAUGUUUCUAGUCUACAAAAAGAUGAAGCUUGGAGGGUUAAUGUCCGUAUUCAAGGAUGUGACCUUGAUCAUGGUUACUUAUGUGGCACUAUGGAAGCUCUGAAUGUUCCUAUGGCUGACACGCCGGUAGUAACCUUUUGGGAGGGGGAGAUUGUUGAUGGCAAGAAUUACACUUUCUUCACUGGCAAAUGGGAAGCAACAUCAGAAGAUGAUAUAAGGCACUGGACAAAGUUUCCAUCCUUUUCUCCUUUCUUGUGCCAAGUGGAGGUUGAUGGUGGCAAAUCUUUGGACUUGAGUAACUACCCAUACAUAUUUAUGAGGUGGAAAGAGCAAUAUUUUGUCAAUGUCGGAACUGACUGUGGGUUAACGAUAGCUGGCUUUUACUAUGUUUGCUUCUCUUGUACAGAUGGCUCAAUCAAUGGGUUUUAUUAUGAUCCUAAUAGCAGAAAUAUGGAUGUGCUUUCAACCAGCACAUUGAUCUUUCUACUUUAAUCAAUUAUAGUUUUUCUGCACUUUGAGACAAAACUGAUUGAUGAAAUAUGCACUCCAAUCAACCUGCUGCAGCCCAUUUCAGAAGCUUGAACUGAAAUCCACCAAUGAGGGACGAUCAGGCUUCAGUUUUUCAUCUUAUGAAUUGCAGUAAAAUGAAUUAUGGGCACUUCAUUCCAGUACUAGCUACUGCCUGGAGUGAAAUUGUUUAUGGAGCUUGGCAACCUAGAACUACAUCUUUGAGGAUGAUGAAGAAUUUGCUGGGCCAGAAGAACUCCAACCUAUAUAUAUUUGAGAAAUGUUUUGAACAGCUUUGUCUAAUCGCUUCUUAAGCGUACUGAUGUGCUUAAUGCUGAAUGAUUUGUUCCAGUCAUAUUUAUCUUUAACUGAAUAUGCAUCAUUGUAUGGUUUGUCA